GGCUGCAUGUCCCCCCCCCUUUAUUCGGCUGGAUUGGCUGAACAGCCUGGAAAAUGGUAAAUGAUCAUUUGGAUCAAUUACAGGCUUUUAGCUGUGUUGUCUGUCAUAAUUCAUGAUUCUGGUCUGGGAAAAAGACCAACAGCUUACGUGCCAAAAAAGGGGCAGAGUUUGAUGGAGUUGGAUGUACUUUUAUAUGUCAUUUUCCCCCACACCUAGAGGAAGGCACUUUUGCAGACGUACUGGAGAGGGGAUCAUGUUUGACUGCAUGGAUGUCCUAGCAGUCAGCCCCGGUCAAAUGCUGGAUUUCUACACAGCAAGUCCAUCUUCCUGCAUGCUCCAGGAGAAGGCUCUGAAAGCCUGCUUCACUGGAUUGGCACAAACAGAGUGGCAGCACCGGCACAGUGCUCAAUCAAUUGAAACUCAGAGCACCAGUUCUGAGGAGCUUGUUCCCAGCCCGCCUUCCCCGCUUCCUCCCCCUCGUGUUUACAAGCCCUGUUUUGUUUGUCAGGACAAAUCUUCUGGAUAUCACUAUGGUGUCAGUGCUUGUGAGGGGUGUAAGGGUUUUUUCCGCAGAAGCAUUCAGAAGAACAUGGUUUAUACAUGUCAUCGAGAUAAGAACUGUGUUAUUAAUAAAGUCACUAGGAAUCGCUGCCAGUACUGCAGGCUACAGAAGUGCUUUGAAGUGGGAAUGUCCAAAGAAUCUGUCAGAAAUGACAGGAACAAAAAGAAAAAGGAGCCUUUAAAGCAAGAGUUCUUGGAGAAUUAUGAAAUGACAGCAGAGUUGGAUGAUCUCACAGAGAAAAUCAGAAAAUCUCACCAGGAAACGUUCCCUUCACUCUGCCAGUUGGGCAAAUACACAACGAACUCUAGUGCAGACCAUAGAGUUCGUCUGGACCUUGGGCUUUGGGACAAAUUCAGUGAACUUGCAACAAAGUGCAUUAUUAAAAUAGUGGAAUUUGCAAAACGGUUGCCUGGUUUCACAAGUUUGACAAUUGCAGACCAGAUCACGCUACUUAAAGCUGCCUGCUUGGACAUUUUGAUCCUCCGAAUUUGCACAAGAUACACCCCUGAACAAGAUACAAUGACAUUUUCUGAUGGCCUUACACUAAACCGAACUCAGAUGCAUAAUGCUGGAUUUGGUCCCCUGACGGAUCUUGUGUUCACGUUUGCCAAUCAGCUUCUGCCGUUGGAAAUGGAUGACACUGAAACUGGCCUGCUUAGUGCCAUCUGCUUAAUUUGCGGAGACCGCCAGGACCUUGAAGAACCAGCAAAAGUAGAUGAACUACAGGAGCCAUUACUAGAAGCUCUCAAAAUAUAUAUCCGAAAAAGAAGACCCAACAAGCCUCAUAUGUUUCCAAAGAUCUUAAUGAAAAUCACAGAUCUGCGCAGUAUCAGUGCAAAAGGUGCUGAACGUGUUAUUACACUGAAAAUGGAAAUCCCUGGAUCCAUGCCACCUCUUAUCCAGGAAAUGUUGGAGAACUCAGAAGGCCAUGAACCACUGACACCAAGCUCAACAGUAACCACAGUAGAGCACAGUCCUAGCAUUUCCCCAAGCUCGGUAGAUAAUAGCAGUGUCACUCAGUCUCCUCUGGUGCAAUAAGACAUUUUCUCCAACUAAAUUCCUAACUCUUCAUGUACAAGGAUGACAUUCAAAUAUUGUCUCUACAGCUCCUUAUUUUCUGAACUUUCACAUACACUACAACCCAAAAGGACCAAGAAUUGUUCAUAUGUAUCUAUAUUGUGUGAAGGCAUGAGUAUGUAUGCACACAGAGAGAAACACAGAGUAACUUGCAGCUUAAUUAGAAACCAUAAACUUUUAGAAUACUAAAGCUGCAAUCUAACACACACACACACACACACGUGCGCGCAUUGGGAGUAAGUCCCAUUAGGCCUUCCUUCUCUACGUUUAUAGGAUUGUGCUGCAAAUCUGUGAUUUCAUGAAAUAAGCAACCAGAUAAGUUGCUGUUGUUUCCUUUGAAUGUCCAACAUUACAAGUGACAAGACUGAUCUCAAACAAGGUUAAAAAGUUGUGGUUAUACCAUUUCUGAUGACUUUGUACAUAAAAAAUAUAUGAAUCUGUACUUUCUAUACUGGAUGUUUGGUGCUUUCCCUUUUUUCUUGUGUCCAUGAAAUGCCCCAGACAUCCCUUAGAAGAUGGACAACAUACAUGUCCAGAUAAGAACGUUUUAAGAGACACAGUCUUAAUUAGGAUGAAAACUUACCAUUGCUCUUUUUUAAAGACCUCAGUGUAUUACUUCUUUCCCAGCAAAAGAUCAAAGAAUUUCACUGCAAUAGCAGAAGUAACUUCUAUGGGAGUGUAACUGCCAGCUCGGUUAUUUGAACAUAAUUUGUUCUAUUGUUAAUGUCACUUUAAAAAUAUACAAAGGGUUUAUUACUUGGUUGACUUCUCCACAUUUAAAAAUACAGAAAUUUUACUUCACUUAUAGCCUUCAAGGCAAAAACAAUUUACAGUGUUAUAAUGUUACUUUACUUGCUCACAAGCUAUUAGGGAAACUUGGUGGAAUAAUAACCAGGCAUAAUCACUACCUCUGAGUCGGUGGCACUAGUGAAAAAAACACUCUGGAGAAACUGUUCCUCAGCCCUCCCAUUCUUUUCUCUGGCAUCACAGGGCUGGCACUAGAACACCCAGAAGCAGACGAUGGAAUCUGCCUUUAUGACUUUGCUAAUCACCAUAAAACAGAGUGAAAAAUGUGGUAGAAUGGUUACAAUUUUUUAAAGUGUCAGUUUUUUAGGUUUCAUUAAAAGCACUAGUGGAUUUUUUUUAUAUAUUCUAGCAAGUCUGUGAUGUACUUUCACUGGCUCUGUUUGUACAUUGAG